CUCCUUUCUCCCGGGCCUUGUGGAGGGUACGGAAACCCGGAAGGACCGGGCCUAAAGCUCCGCCUCUGGCGCGAGGACUGGGGUAGUAGCUCGCAGAUGGACCUGGUCGUUGGCCAGCGAGCAUCAUGGAGGCGCCCUGGGGAGUCAUCAACGUCCAGCCGGGCUGGUACGUCUCUUCCCAGCAGCCCGAGGAGGCGGAGGCGCAGGCGGAAGAGUUGAGCCCGUUGCUAAGCAACGAACUUCACAGACGAGGAUCCCCAGGGGUUUCAUAUGGUUUCUCAGUGUUUAAUUUGAUGAAUGCCAUCAUGGGAAGUGGCAUCCUUGGCUUAGCUUAUGUUAUGGCUCAUACUGGUAUCCUUGGAUUUAGUUUUUUGCUGCUGAUAGUUGCUCUUCUGGCUUCUUUCUCAGUUCAUCUCCUGCUUAGUAUGUGUAUGCAGACAGCUGUGACAUCUUAUGAAGAUCUUGGACUCUUUGCAUUUGGAUUAUGUGGAAAGGUGGUGGUGGCAGGCACCAUAAUAAUCCAGAAUAUUGGAGCUAUGUCAUCUUAUCUUUUAAUUAUUAAGACAGAGCUUCCUACAGCUAUUUCAGAAUUUUUGUCUGGAGACCAUAGUGGGUCUUGGUAUCUUGAUGAACAAACACUACUAAUAAUCAUUUGUGUUGUCAUUGUGUUUCCUCUUGCUCUUCUUCCUAAAAUAGGCUUUCUUGGCUACACAAGUAGUUUAUCAUUUUUCUUUAUGGUGUUCUUUGCUCUUGUGAUAGUAAUUAAAAAAUGGUCCAUCCCUUGUCCUCUGACAUUAAAUUGUAUAGAGCAGUACUUCCAGAUUUCAAAUGCUACAGAUGAUUGUAAACCAAAGCUCUUUCAUUUCUCCAAAGAGAGUGCUUAUGCGAUACCAACCAUGGCUUUUUCAUUUCUCUGCCAUACCUCAGUAUUGCCCAUAUACUGUGAACUUCAAAGCCCUUCAAAGAAAAGAAUGCAGAAUGUAACCAAUACUGCAAUUGCUUUAAGUUUCCUCAUUUAUUUUAUAUCGGCACUCUUUGGGUACCUCACUUUUUAUGACAAAGUGGCGUCUGAUAUACUCCAAGAUUAUAGUCAAUACUUGCCUCAUGAUGUUGUUGUCAGGACUGUGAAGUUAUGCAUACUGUUUGCUGUGCUUUUGACAGUCCCUCUAAUCCACUUCCCUGCAAGGAAAGCUUUAAUGAUGAUGUUUUUCUCCAAUUUUCCAUUCUCAUGGAUUCACCAUUUUUUGAUCACGCUAGCACUCAAUAUUAUCAUUGUCUUACUUGCAAUAUAUGUCCCUGACAUUAAGAAUGUAUUUGGUGUAGUUGGUUCCAGCACAUCCACAUGUUUGAUUUUUGUGUUCCCAGGACUGUUUUACCUUAAACUUAGCAGAGAGGAUUUCCUCUCAUGGAAAAAGCUUGGGGCCUUUGUUUUGCUCAUCUUUGGAAUUUUGGUUGGGGCUUUUAGUUUAGCCCUCAUCAUUUUUAAUUGGAUUAAUAAUAAAUGAAAGAUAACUUUUCCCAUUUCUUGUGAAGAAUAAUUUACCUCCAUAUGCAAAAAGGAACAAUUCUGGAAGGCACCUUGGGUGAAUGCUCUUUAUAUGGGUUAACAUUUUUGUAAACAUUAUUAAUAGAAAAGUGGAACAGCAUGGGAGUGGGCAAGGGAAAGUGGGCUCAGCAGUUUUAAUCAAAAUAAGAAACAAACUCAGAAUACUCUUAAAUGUAUUAGGUCAGUCUUUUCUUUGUCUCUUUGUGGGUCUGUUGCUUUUUUUAGAUUAAUAGACUUAAUUUUUUAGGGUAGUUUUAAUUUUCACAGAAAUGUUGAGCAGAAAGAAGAGUCCCAUAUAUGGCUUCACCCCCAAAACAUCCAUAGUUUCCCAUAUUAUUAACAUCUUGAAUUAGUGUGGUAUAUUUAUUAUACUUGUUGAGCCAAAUAUUAUUAUUAACUUAAGUCCGUAGUUUACAUUGGGGUUCACUCUUGAUGUAAGCAUUGACAAUCACUAAUCAUUUUACUAUCUUCAUAAAAACUCUGAGCCUUUUCUAGCAUGUCAUAUAGUUGGAAUUAAAUAGUAUCUAACCUUUCAGACUGGCUUCUUUCACUGAGCAAUAUGCAAUUAAGUUUACUACAUGUCUUGUCAUGGCUUAAUAGCUCAUUUAUAUACAUCCAUUGUAUGGAUGAACAACCACAGUUUUGUUUUCUGUUCACCUGUUGAAGGACCUCUUGGUUGCUUCCAAAUUUUGGUGGUUUUGAAUAAAACUGUGCAGGUUUUUGUGUGGACAUAAGUUUUCAGCUUAUUUGAGUUAAUACCAAAGGACACAAUUGCCACAUCAUGUGGUAAGAAUAUGUUUAGUCCUGUAAGCAGCUGCCAAACUGCCUUCCAAAGUGGCUGUAACAUUUUUCAUUCCCACCAGCAAUGAUUGAGAAUUCCCGUUAUUCUACAUCCUCACCAACAUUUUGUAUUGACAGUGUUUUGUAUUUUUACCAUUCUCAUGGGAGUGUUGUUGUUUCUCUGUUGUUUUAAUUUGUAUUUCCCUAAUGACAUAUGAUGUUGACCAUCUUUUCAUGUGCUUAUUUGUCAUCUGUGUAUUUUCUUUGGUAAGGUUCAGAUCUUAUGCCUGUUUUUUAAAUUAGGUUGUUUUCUCAUUGUUGAGUUUUAAGCAUUUGUAUACUGGUUCUUUAUCUGAUAUGUGUUUUGCAAAGAUUUUCCCCAGUCUGUUUCUUUUUUCAUUCUCUUUAACAGUGUAUUUUACAGAGCAGAAGUGUUUAAUGUUAUUA